GCGCAUAAACAAAAAAAUUUCUUAUCAAAGCAAUAUGCAGAAAUGAACCCUGACCAAAGGCUGAUAGAGAUGAGUAAUAACGAAGCACCACCUGAUAAUAGCAAUGAAGUAAAAAAACGAAAGUCUACAAGGCUCAAAAACGUUGAAGAACCUCCAGCCAAAAGAACGUACACUAGGAAAAAACCGAUAUCAUCAACAACACAAAAACGAAUCAAUUUUCCGACACUAGCAUCAAGCUCUUCACAACAAGUGCGAUCUCAAAGUCAAAAUAUG